AGAACCUCGCGCACGCGCAGUGAAAACCCAGCGGGCCGCAAAGCAUCAGAAGCCCCUCCACCCGGCCCGGCUUCGCCUCCUGCCCUGGGGGCACUGCACGGCCCACUCACUCCCGCCCCGUCACCCCCGCCAGGUUCUCCCCGCCCUUUCCGGCCGGGGCUGGUCGCGAUUGCGCGCGCAGGGCCUGAGCGGGCGUCGGAGGGAAGGGGAAGCGGCGGGGUAGUAACAGAUUAUGGGCAACAGUCCUUUUAAUUAAUGUAUCGUCAUCAUGGCUAAUGAGGGCUGUCCCAAGGCUGCUGAUAGUCCUUUUUCAUCAGAUAAACAUGCCCAGCUCAUCUUGGCCCAAAUCAAUAAGAUGAGAAAUGGACAGCAUUUCUGUGAUGUGCAGCUGCAAGUUGGAAAGGAAACUUUUAAAGCUCAUCGGCUGGUUUUGGCUGCCAGCAGUCCUUACUUUGCAGCUUUGUUCACUGGAGGAAUGAAAGAGUCCUCAAAAGAUGUUGUACCAAUUCUAGGAAUUGAAGCAGGAAUCUUUCAGAUACUUCUAGAUUUCAUUUACACAGGUAUAGUGAACAUAGGUGUGAAUAAUGUCCAGGAGUUGAUUGUUGCAGCAGACAUGCUACAGUUGACUGAAGUUGUUCAUCUUUGCUGUGAAUUUCUGAAAGGACAAAUUGAUCCACUGAACUGCAUUGGAAUCUUUCAGUUCUCUGAGCAAAUUGCUUGCCAUGAUCUCUUGGAAUUCUCAGAAAACUACAUUCAUGUCCAUUUCUUAGAGGUUCAUAGUGGAGAAGAGUUCCUGGCACUUACAAAAGAUCAGCUGAUCAAAAUUUUGCGAAGUGAAGAGCUUAGCAUUGAGGAUGAAUACCAGGUCUUCUUAGCUGCAAUGCAGUGGAUUCUGAAAGAUUUGGGAAAAAGAAGAAAACAUGUGGUAGAAGUGCUAGACCCAAUUCGAUUCCCUUUAUUACCUCCUCAGAGACUUUUAAAGUAUAUAGAAGGAGUAUCCGAUUUUAAUCUUCGUGUUGCAUUGCAAACACUUCUGAAAGAGUACUGUGAAGUAUGCAAAUCUCCCAAAGAGAACAAGUUUUGUAGUUUUCUGCAGACAUCUAAGGUUCGACCUCGGAAGAAAGCAAGAAAGUACCUGUAUGCAGUAGGUGGAUAUACUCGGUUGCAGGGGGGUCGUUGGAGUGAUAGCAGAGCCCUCAGCUGUGUGGAACGUUUUGACACCUUUAGCCAGUACUGGACCACUGUAUCUUCACUUCAUCAGGCUCGAAGUGGGCUGGGAGUAACAGUUCUAGGAGGGAUGGUCUACGCUAUUGGAGGUGAAAAGGAUUCAAUGAUUUUUGAUUGUACUGAAUGCUAUGAUCCAGUUACUAAACAGUGGACAACUGUAGCUUCGAUGAAUCAUCCUCGCUGUGGCUUAGGAGUGUGUGUGUGUUAUGGGGCUAUCUAUGCUUUGGGUUUAAUUUAUGUAAUUGGGGGCAUCAGCAAUGAAGGAAUAGAACUUCGUUCUUUUGAAGUCUAUGAUCCACUUUCUAAGCGUUGGUCUCCACUUCCUCCAAUGGGAACCAGGAGAGCAUAUCUUGGUGUGGCUGCACUCAAUGACUGCAUCUAUUCUAUUGGAGGAUGGAAUGAGACCCAGGAUGCUCUUCAUACUGUAGAAAAAUAUUCCUUUGAAGAGGAAAAGUGGGUUGAAGUUGCCUCAAUGAAAGUGCCUAGAGCAGGCAUGUGUGUUGUGGCAGUCAAUGGUCUUCUGUAUGUUUCUGGAGGUCGAUCUUCCAGCCAUGAUUUCUUGGCUCCAGGUACCUUGGACUCAGUUGAAGUUUAUAACCCUCAUUCAGAUACAUGGACAGAAAUUGGUAAUAUGAUCACCAGUCGUUGUGAAGGGGGCGUUGCUGUGCUAUGAGAUAUAAAGCAUAACAGAGCACAAGGAACAUUUUGAAAAUGCAGGACCUGACCUUUUGGAAAGCAAACAUACAUUUGAUGAUAAGACCCUCUGAUUCUAUGAGUUUUCCAUGUAUUUGGUAGAUAAAUGACUAACGAGGCUGGGUGCAGUGGCCUCAUGCCUAUAAUCCCAACGCUUUGGAAGGCUGAGGCAGAAGGAUCACUUGAGCCCAGGGAUUUGAGGUUAUGGUAAGCUACAAUCAUGCCACUGCACUCCACUCUGGGCAUGAGUGGAACGAGAUCCUGUCUCUUAAAGAAAAAAACUAAACUAAAGAGUGAUUUUUCUAAAAAUAUGAGUGAGAAUGGAUAUGAAAUAUAUCCCAAUUAAUAAAGAGCUCACACAGAUUUGCCAAGCUUACUAAUAAUAGAAAUGCCACUUAUGCUGUAGAAUUCUCCAGUUUAAGUGUAGACAAGUCUGGUUUUACAAAUUUGUAAAAAUUAUUUACUAGAAGCUUCCUGGCAAAUAGUCCCUUUAGCUACUUCUCCAGUGCAGUAUAAGUUGUAACAUAACCUUUAUGUGAUGUAGGAAUAGUAUCAAUGACACAGUUUAAAGAUCUCUGUAUAUUCACAAUUGUAUCCAGAGCAUAAUUUUCCAUGACCAUUGUUUGAGCUACAGAGAAAAGCCAAUGAAACAGAUUCCUACUUUUAUUUAAUGCCAAGAGUUUUCAUUAGCCCCAAACUUUUUAUUGGCAGCAGAUACACUAGGAGGGGUGUUUGGGAAAUAUCUAGCUAUUUUUAUAGAUAGAUACCUUUUUGCUUGAUGAUAAGUUUUUGCUUGCUCAUAUUUUUUGUCUUGAUCCUGAGAAUGCAAGUAAGGAAUUAAUAGGAGGUUCUUAGUGACCAGAUGUUGUAAUGGGCUAUAGAGCCCAGCAGGCAGUAUGCACCUAGAAAUUUCUCUCUUUUUCAGGCUGGGCAUGGUGGCUCACACCUGUAAUCCCAGCACUUUGAGAGACCGAGGUGAGGCGGGAAGAUUGCUCGAACUCAGGAAUUUGAGACCAGCCUUGGGCAACAUGACGAGACUCUGUCUCUACCAAAAAAUAUAUAAAAAUUAACCAGGCGUGGUGGCUUGUGCCUGUGGUCCCAUCUGCUUGGGAGGCUGAGGUUGCAGGAUCACUUGAGCCCAGGAGGUCGAGGCUGCAGUGAGCCGAGAUUGUGCCACUGCACACUGGCCUGGGUGACAGCAUGAUAACCUGUCUCAAAAAAAAGAAAAAAGGAAAUUUUUCCUUUUUUGCUAGAUUGUUGUCACCAAAAUUAUCUGUUUGGCUUUAGGAAGAGGGAAUUUUAUUAGAUUAUCAAGCUUUGUGAAAUUUAUUUGUACUUGUGCAAACCUAAGUAAGAGCAUACUACAAAGCUACUUCUUGGACGUGGAGGGCUAAAUUGUAGGUCCUUCUGAAACUUUUUAUAGACACUGACUUAUAAAUGUAAUUUGAAAGUACCCCUUGACCCAAACAAAACUGCUUCUCAAAACUUCUCAUUUUCUCCCUGAAAAGCAUUCUAAAAAAUUGUUCUCUGUUCAUUUUUAAGAGAAAGAUUCACUGGGUGUAUGAUGGAGUUACUUUUAAGUUAUGUCUACUGGCCAGUUGAAGCAAUAUAUAUUAAAGGUCUUGCAUACAGUAAAAAAAAUUUUUUGAGAUGGAGUUUUGCUCUUGUUGCCCAGGCUGGAGUGCAAAGGCAUGAUCUUGGCUCACUGCAACCUCUGCCUCUUGGGUUCAAGUGAUUCUCCUGCCUCAGCCUCCCAAGUAGCUGGGAUUACAGGCGCCUGCCACCAUGCCCGGCUAAUUUUUUGUACUGGGUUGCACCAUGUUGGCCAGGCUGGUCUCGAACUCCUGACCUCAGGUGAUCCACCCACCUUGGCCUCCCAAAAUGCUGGGAUUAUGGGUGU